AUGGACAUGCCCUGUUGGUCAUAUAGUGUGGAGAUGGAGUUCACAGCCCUAUUACAUGAGGCCCUGAAGAGCAUAAUUAUGAAUAAGAGAUGGCUCAACGAGGUCCACAAAUACCUAAACUUUAGGUACAGGAGACUCUACAAGAAAAAAGUUUGCAGGUAUAUGCUUUAUACCCAGAAGACACCCAAAACGUAUGGCUACAUCCCAGAUCUGCAAACCAUCAUUCUUCGGAGGAGAUUGGGUGGUCCUGGGAUGCCCAGACAUCGAAUAUCUCGACCGGAUGACCCCAGGAGAUAUGGGCUGCUUCCCCCUGUGCCACCACCAACCAUUGAGGAACUCAUGCGUACCCAAGUCAGAAGGGGUUUUAGUAGGUCCAGCCUUUCAGACUGA